AUGUCUCGUAUAAGCGCUACUGCCAUCAAUGCCCUUCGCAAUCAAUUGGUGACCGCGACGCUUCUCACGCCUGACUCUUCGGGGUACGAAGAGAGCCUUAUUCGAUGGUCGGAUACUGGGAUGAAACGUGCGGGAGUCGUGGUCCAGCCAGUAGAGCCCAUGGACAUUCGAGCGGCUUUGCUGUGGGCGCAAGAUCACGGCGUCGAAAUUGCCGUGAAGGGUGGGGGACACUCGACUGCCGGUACCAGUUCCAGUGAGGGUGGCUUGGUGAUUGAUCUUUCACGCAUGAAUCAAGUCACGGUAGACCCUGAGGCGAAAACUAUUACUGCUCAGGGUGGUGCGACCUGGCAGGAAGUCGACCAAGCUGGGGCGGCUUAUGAACUUGUGACGGUGGGAGGAACCGUGAAUCACACAGGUGUUGGAGGUUUGACACUGGGAGGCGGAUACGGCUGGUUGAGUGGACAGUACGGUUUGACCAUCGACAACCUGCUGUCUGCCACGGUAGUCUUGGCCGAUGGAAACGUCGUGAAAGCCUCUGCGACCGAACACCCCGACUUGUUUUGGGGACUGCGAGGCGCAGGAUACAAUUUUGGUGUCGUCGUAGACUUCACCUAUCAGGCAUACGUCCAGAAGAAUCCCGUUUAUACCGGUGUCUUGGGAUAUCCCAUCGAAAAAUUGGAGUCCGUGGUAGAGCAGCUCAAUGCCACUUUGGCAAACCCUGAUCCGCGCUCCGGUGCGAUGAGCAUUUUCGCCCACGCACCUGAUGGCUCCGGCCCGAUAAUCGUUGUCAUCUGCUUCUACAACGGUACUCGUGAAGAGGGGCAGGAGCGCUUUUCCGCUUUCACAGCUCUAAAUCCAGUUCUGAACACCCUUGACAUGGUUCCUUACCCCGUGGUGAAUACGUUACAAAACCCCCAGGCUAGAUACGGUGAUCGCAAAUCAUUCAAAGGCGUUUUUUAUGAGCCUCCGCUGGACCCGAAGUUUGUUCGGUCGAUUCUCAAUGACCUACUCAGCAAGAUUGAGAAAGAUCCUGACCUGGCACCCUCUGCAAUCAUUCUCGAGUUCAUUAAUAUGCGAAAGAUUUGUGAUGUCCCGUUGGCUGAUACGGCUCUUGCCAGUCGCAAUUCUACCCAGAAUGGUAUAAUUUUCUUGCGUUGGACAAAUUCCAUGAAGGAUCAAGAUCAUAGAUCUUGGGCGCGAGAAAUUCAGUCGAAAUGGAAGAUCGAGCUGGAUGCGAGAGCUAGAGACGAUUCGCAAGGAGAAAAUGUGCCGCAGUACAUUAACUAUGCCGAGCCUGGCGACUCUGUCGUCACAAACAUAUAUGGAGCAAAUCUACCACGCCUGCAGACUGUCAAAUCCAAGUACGAUCCAAAGAACGUAUUUCACAAAAUGCAUCCGAUCCCACUGCUUACCAGCCAAAUAUCUGCGUGA